GGGUAUUUAAGGGAAGCAUGGGUGAGUAACCAACAGCCUGAGACAUGAGAGGUGAGUCGAACCAUGCCUCUGGGAUUAUAGCCAGGCCAGAGGGGUGAUGGGACGGUUAAGUCACAGACGGCGGCUGCGGGUUUCUGAUGUCUGUGUCAGCGGAACCCCUGUCCCGGUGCAGAGCAGCGGCUGAGGGGUGAGGCGGCAGAGGCCGGCCGUGCAUGACAGCCCAAGACGCAUGACCGUUCCUCGGGGAUGGAGGUCAGGGCCCAGAGCAUCGGGGCGGUAGGCAGGGAGUCACGGAAAAAAGCUCCCGCAGGACGCUUAGGGGCUUGGGCCUGGGCUCUCCCAGCCGAGGGCUGCUUACAUAUCCCAGCUUCAGGCCUCAACUGACGUCAUCCACAUUAAGUGCCUGGACCCGGAAUGAAGUGAGUGGGUUCCGCCAGCUGCAGAAGACCCUGGGAGCCACUGGGACCCUGACGCUCCAGGGAGAGAGGUGGUGCCAUUGAAGGUUUCCCAGAGCUGUGUCAUUUUUCUGAGCUGGAUGGGCUCAUCAUGCUUUGUUUUCUAAGAUACGAAUCUUCACCUUGCAAGAGAAAUAGCCUUUGUGUGGUUUCUGAGAAGCCAGCAUGGUUCUUGUCAUUUUUAAUAAAUGGAUGAUCAUUUGCAUAGUAUUUUUACAUCUGCAGCAACUUCACCACACCUGCCAAACCAGUUGUAAAUAUUUAAUUUACACUUUAUCCUGAUGAACCAAACCGAGACCAGAGAACCAGCAAUAGUAGAGAUUCCCUGCCUGUCAUUAAACGUGGAAAGCUGCAAGGGCAGGGGAAUUCCUUGGUUGGAAAGAAGCGCGACGGCGGUAAGGAGCUUGGAAGCCCCGGCCAGCUCCUCCCUCAGGAGGCUCCUGGGAGCUGUCCACACAGGCUGGAUCCGGUGCCGCACCAGCGUGAGGAGCGGAGUCGGUGGCCUCACCUUGCUCUUCACCGGCUGCUUCGUCCUCUGCUGCAGCUGGAGCUUCAAGCAUCUGAAAAGCCUGCCGACCCCUACCCUGGGCCAGCAGGACCUCACAGGCUCCUCCUUCGGAGGGAUGAAGAUGACCGGGGGUCCGCUCUAAAGCGUUCAGGGCUGGGACAUGUUUCAGGAGGAGCCUUUCUGAACUCAGUACCUGUCGAGAUCGUUUUCGUCACUACCGUAAAGAAGCCAGUGCGUUGGUGGGAGCGCCCCAGGGUGAGCAGCAGCGCUUAGAUUUCACUUCCAGAGCAGCUGUAUGAAUUCCCCACCACGGCUUCCAGCCAUGUACCAGGAAACGCAGCCUGAAAAUUCACCUCCCCUCCCCUGCUGCAGCUGAGGUCCUGGUUACUGAUGCCCAGGCUCCCCCGUCCUGGACUCCAGGGCAGGUCUCGUCACCCGCCCACGUGCCGUACCACCUGACCGCCCUGCCGUAACUCGCGGGACCAGGGAAAUGGGGGGUGCCCCUGCUGCGCACUUGAGAUUAAUCCUGCCCUUACUGGAGAGUAUGUUUUUCUGUAUAUAUGAACCUUCUCAGCUGUUGCAAAUACA